AUGCUGCGCAUCACGCUGCUUUCCGGGGAGGAGCUGGCGAGCCUUCCUCUGACGGAGCUGAGCGAUGUGAAGGCCCUGAAGCAGCGACUGCAUCAGCAGCACGGCCUGCCGCCACGCUUCAGGCAAAGGCUUCUUCAUGAUGGAAACCCUUUGGAUGAUGACUUCCAGCUGGACACCGAGAUGGAUCUGCAGGCUGUCAUAGCGGCCUUGAACGCAACUUCGGAGAAGGAGAGCUCAGAGCUGUGCGAGGCGGCAGCUUCUGGCCGAGUGGCUCAGGCUGAAGCUCUGCUGCAGCUCCCCAUGGACCCGGAUGCUCGAGAUGAGGAGGGCUGUACGCCAUUGAUGAGGGCGUCGAAAAGCGGCCACGCGGAUAUCGCAGAAAUGCUCCUGGAGGCCGGUGCUGAGAAGGAUUCGUGCGACCGGGGCGGUUUUACAGCACUGAUAUAUGCAGCUCUCCGCGGACAUGCUCAAGUCGUACAGCUGCUGCUGCUGGCUGGUGCUCAGAAGGAUGUUGGGGAUCAUCGAGGCAGCACAGCGCUGAUGCAGGCAGCAUACAACGGUCGCGCUUCGGCCGUGGGGUUGCUGCUUCAGGCCGGUGCCGACGUGGGUGUGCGUGACAGCCAGGGCGACACGGCCCUGAUGGAUGCGGCACGUGGCGGUCAUGCCGCCAUCGUUCGGCAGCUGCUGGAGGCCGGCGCCGACAAGGACGCGUGCAACAAGGAGGGCAGUACGGCGCUGACGAUGCAAUGCAAACCCGAAAUCCAACGAUUGCUGGAGGGUUGGAGCACAGCCCAUGCCCCACGUGAGCUCACCUUCGACGAGCUCCAGACCCAAUUCCAGAGGUACAAGGACGGUCUUAUCUCUGAUGAGUAUGUGCUGCAAACGUGGGGCGACGCGACCCUGGAGCUCAUGCAAGCGCAGUUGAUGGCGCUGAUGGCCGAGACAGGGUGA